GAAUCACGUGAAAAGUAAUGGCAAGGUCUUGAUCUCAGCCCUCCUAUUGAAGUUUGUUGAUCUGUUGUUUUAUUAAAUCCGCCAAAUUAUCACCUUUAACAUUAAAUAACUUUGGUACCCUCUACAGCUACAUUUCCAGUGACCAUGACGGAGUAUUGGCUCAUUUCGGCCCCGGGUGACAAGACCUGCCAACAAACCUGGGAAACAUUAAACAGUGUAACCAGCAAGCAGAACAGCUUGUCUACCAACUACAAGUUCCACAUCCCGGACUUAAAGGUUGGUACACUUGACCAGCUUGUAGGAUUAUCCGAUGAUCUUGGAAAACUGGACAAUUACGUGGACCAAGUAACCCACAAGGUUGCCAACUAUCUGGGAGAAGUGCUGGAGGAUAACAGAGACAAGCUGCAUGAGAAUCUUACUGCCAACAAUGCGGAUUUGCCGAGCUACAUCACUCGGUUCCAGUGGGAUAUGGCCAAGUAUCCGAUCAAGCAGUCGUUGCGCAACAUCGCAGAUAUCAUCAGCAAGCAGGUCGGCCAGAUAGACGCAGACCUCAAGACCAAGUCUACGGCUUACAACAAUCUGAAGAGCAAUCUGCAGAACAUGGAGAAGAAGCAAACUGGCAGUCUUCUCACACGUAACUUGGCUGAUCUUGUGAAGAAGGAGCAUUUUAUUUUGGACUCUGAAUACUUGACCACUCUGUUGGUUGUGGUCCCAAAACCCAUGUUUAACGACUGGAACCACCUUUACGAGAAGCUGACCGACAUGAUUGUGCCCCGGUCUAGUCAGCUGGUCAGUCAGGAUAAUGACUACGGCCUGUUCACCGUCACACUGUUCAAGAAAGUCGUCGACGAGUUCAAACAUCACGCUCGAGAAAAAAAGUUUGUUGUUCGUGAAUUCACCUACAAUGAAGAGGAGCUCGCUGCUGGCAAGAAUGAAAUCACCAAACUCGUUACAGACAAGAAAAAACAGUUUGGUCCCUUGGUGAGAUGGCUCAAAGUGAACUUCAGUGAAUGCUUCUGUGCUUGGAUCCACAUCAAAGCCCUGAGGGUGUUUGUCGAGUCAGUUUUAAGAUACGGCUUGCCCGUGAACUUCCAAGCGAUGCUGCUGCAUCCCAACAAGAAGAACACUAAGAAGUUGAGAGAUACUUUACAGCAACUCUAUUAUCACUUGGACUCAAGCGCUCAGCAGGGAGGACAGGCUGCACAAGAUAGUGUGGAUAUUCCCGGCCUGGGUUUCGGCCAAGCAGACUACUACCCUUACGUCUAUUACAAGAUCAACAUAGACAUGAUCGAUACAAAGGCGUCUGUAUAAACAGCUGACUACCUGCCCCUUAGUCGGAGUUGGAACGGGAUUGGACAUUCGGGCGUCUGACUUACCCCUCGAACUUGUACAUUUGUGAAUUAUUUGCUACCCUCACAUUCCUUUGGUGUAAAAUAAUUUUGAGUCUUGGCUGGUCAAUAUUUCUUUAUAACAAAUUCCUAAGUGUAUAACUUAUGGCACAAGGUCCUAGGUUUUAAGAAUUUUUAGAUUAUAAAUCGUGUCAAUUCGGAUGCCUUGUGUGGGGAAUGAGGGAAAGGCUCCCAAUAACACUGAGAGUCACUACUAGAUUCCUGGGAUAUUACAAUUAAUCCUAAGGCAAUCAAUUGUUCAGAAGACUGUACGAAAAAAGCGAUAGUGGUGGGGGAAGGGUUCUUGCACAUCCCGCUGGCCACUCUAAUUGACACGAUCUAUAUAGCAGGGUUACAUGAACAGGAAAGAGUCCAAUUAGGCACAAAAACAAGAAUAUUUUACUAUCAUUGACAGUGUUUUCAGCAAAGGAAAGUUUGAGUUGGAAAGAAAUGUAUUCAAGCCCAUGGUGGUCGGGAAAAAUAUUCCUUCCUUACUGUGUAAACUUUUUUGUUUCAUGUGCCAAGACGAGACUCUUUCCUAAGCCUUCUAUCCCAAGGAAAGUUCUAAAAUUACAAUAUUUUUGUUAAGUACAAAUCUUGAAAGUUUUUAAAAAUUUGUAUCAAUUGUUUAUCUUCCCUUUAUGUCUAGAGUGCAGUCAGAUGAACGGAAGUAAUGUUAAGUGUUCCAAGAUCAGAAGUUAAUUGUAUAUUAUGUAGAGUAGUGAUUUAAUUAUUAGCCACUUCCAGUAUUCAUCUGUGUAGUCUUUGAUGAUAAUAAAAAGGUUAAGCUUCUCAGAGGGGAUACAUGAUCAUCCAAGGUUAUUGUAGCUGGUUUUUUUAAAGCACAAAUUUGUAAAGAAAUACCGUUGUUUAAACUGUUUUGAUAAAUUAUAUCCGAUAUAUUUGAGAGUCAGUUUCUAAAAUGGGAUGUUUCACAUAAGGUGAAUUUUAUGGUAUGCGCUUAUCCACUGCAUGGUAUUUUUUUCACUUAAAGUAACAAAAGAAUUGAGUUUUCAUUUGUAACGUGUCUUGAAUCAAUUGACAAGAUUCUAAUAUUUUCUCUUUUUGGUUGGUGCCAUUAUAACAUUCAGGCCACGAGAUAGUCGUAGGCUUGAUGCUGGAAAUUUUGCAAUUGCUAUAGUAUCAAGUUACCAUAAUGUGCGUAAGGAAAAAUCUUAAUAUUAAUGCACAGGUUGCAUAACACUGCCCUGUUAUAAGUUGCAAUAAAUACAUUUCUGUGGCUAUGUGUAUGAUUAAGCGUAUAAAAUCAUGUUCAUCCAGCUAUUGGUGUCCGUCAUUUGUCAUGGGUUUAUAAUCGUUCAUCUUAGCGAGCUCUUUAACUGUAAGGAUUGUUAGUGUAUGUUUAAAAAACAUAAUUCAGAUAAGUUGACAUUAUAUAAAUAUUUAAACUCAACGUUGUUAAUAGAGUUACGGUUUGUUAGUUUAAUGUGAUGAAAUUAUAAUUGUUGAAUAAAAAUAUAUAUUGUAUAAAUUAGAUUACCCGUGUGCAAUCAUACGCUAAACCUUUCAAUUUUAGAGCAAUAGUUUUAUUAGAAAAAUCUCUUUUCAAACGGAUCUUAGUCUAUUUGUUGAAUGAUCAAAUGUAAAAAUUAUAAAUAUAUUUUUUGACUGUUUUGUUUUAACUGUUUAUUUUGUCGAUUUGGUUUGUUUACUAUUUACUACCACUGAGAUAAUGAUUCACGGCUUGUAUAUGUGUAUAUAACAUUCCAAAAUGAAGUGUUAUUGUGUAUUAUUGGUUCAAUAAACUGUAUGAAGAAUGAUAA